AUGGAAGGAUCAUUGUUUAGAGUGGAAAGAGACACUUAUCAAGAAAUUUAUGACUUGUACAGUCUACAUGCUUCUACAGUGGGAUUUUCAAUAAGAAAGCAUACAAUAAGGUAUCGCUUACACACACGUAUAGUCACAGAGAAAUUCUAUGUGUGUUCUGCGGAAGGAAAAAGACAUACUGCUGCAAAGAAGACAAAUAUGGUUCUAAUGGUUGAUGAAGAUAACAAGGAUUUAAAACAAAGAAAACCACGACAAGUCUCCAUUACAAGAACUAACUGUAAGGCAAGCCUAAGAGCAAAAAUGAAUGAUGAUGAAAAAUUUAAGGUGGUGUCACAUGUGUUACAGCAUAAUCAUGAACUAACAAGAAAGCAGUGGCAUUAUUUGCAUCGAUCUGAGAGAGAAGUAACAAUAGAAAAGGCAGAAGCAAUUAAAACAAUGAAGUCUGCUGGACUUUCAACAAUGGACACAUAUAAUUACAUGUGUACAGAAGCUAAUGGAGAAGAAAACUUGGGGCAUAGUGUUGUAGAUCACCUCAAUUUCUACUCAAGACUAAGAAUGGAACAAAUAGAGGCUGGAGAUGCUCAGACAUUAGUGAACAUUCUGAUCGAAGAACAAAAAGAAGAUCCUAACUUCUAUUUUAGAGUGAAAUUCGACAAAGAAGGUAGAAUUUCCAACAUUUUUUGGAGAUAUGCAAUGAUGUUAGAGGAUUACAAAAUAUACGGAGAUGUUCUUGUAUUUGAUACAACAUACAGAACAAAUCGGUAUAACCUUAUAUGUGCUCCUUUUGUUGGAAUAGAUAACCAUUGGAAAAAUUGUAUGUUUGCAUGUGCAUUCGUAGGCAAUGAAAAAACAGAGUCGUUUGUGUGGUUUCUUGAAACCUUUAAAAAAUCUAUGGAGUUCCAACCUCCAUAUUCACUGACCAAGACUAGGCUAUGGCUAUUGCAAUUGAGCAGGGUGUACAAUCUAAAGGAAAAGUGGUGUCCAGCACUCAGUAAAGAUUUCUUCUCGGCAGGAAUUCUUUCAUCACAAAGAAGUGAAAGUACGAACCAUGCAGUAGGAUUCAGAGCUAAUAAAUCAACAACACUGACAGAAUUCUAUGGCAUCUUUGUAAGAACCAUAAAAAGAUGGAGAAGUGAUGAGAAGUAUAAUGAGUUUAUCUACAGCAAAUCAAUAGCCUUUACUUCAUUGCCACUAUCUGGAAUGCUAAAGCAUGUUGCACAGGUUUACCCAUUGUCUUUGUUUAGAGACUUUGAAGAGGAAUUUGGCUACUCAAUGGCGACUAUAGUACAAAUUCUAGGGAGAACUGAAGAAAACAUUAUUCUUUAUGAAGUAUCUCUAGAAGAAAAGCCAUGGUCUUCCCAACAGAGUGCUCAGAGUAACAAUAAUACUGCUUCUUCAUCAACAAGUACAACCAUACCCACUAUAUUAGACCCUAAGAGAGUUGUAACAAAGGGAAGAAGCAAGAGAGCAAAAGGAGCACUUGAAAAAGGGAAGAAAUCAAAGCAAAAAGCAUUACCAGAUCCAAAUUCAGAGUUUGGAUCGAAGACACCUACUGUGCGACUUUUUUGA